GCGUGACGAGAUUGUGAUCGCGAGGUCCGUUUUUUCGGUUGUAAUCACGAAAAUGAAAGAUUGCCAUGUCAUUGCAAGAUGAUCUUUCACGACGGAUUGUAUUGACAAGCUAUGGAAGCUUCUGAAAAGUUUUCAAGCGAUGAACGAAGUGAAAGAGCUGAGAAGUUCUAUGAUCAGGCUCUACUUUUAGUGGAUUGCUGCAAGAUUCCUGAAGCCAUUAGAUUAUUUGAAAAGGCUUGUCAGUUAAAACCUGACUGUGAAGUCUACAAGGAAACACUGGAUUACUUUCAGGCAAACGCAGAUGUUUUAGACAACAAGCCACAACCAUUGAGCUUUGCUAGUGUCUCCAGGCCAAAAUCAAGCUGUGGGAAAACAAAACAGAAAAGUUAUUUUGCUGACUGGAAUGUACAGAAUGUAAGAGGCAAAGAUCCAGAUGUCUCCCCUUGUUCUCACAGCCAUGUUGAUGAACAAGCAGCCAUUGACAAUCCUUGGGCCACCUAUGUAAACAGAAGUUAUCGAAAGAAGACAACUCCAAGUAGCCCAAUCGAUGGACUAACUGAAAUUGAUCUUCCUCAGAUGAGUGAGGACAUGUGGUACAGUUCUGGAAGUCAAAGUUCCAAACAAGAUCUUGAGCACAAAGAUGGGGAUGAAGUUGACAGUUUUUUCAGUUCAUCGCUAAAUACACCCAUUAGUUCACAGGAAGCAUUAAAUGAGGAUAGCAGUGUUUGCAAUCAUAAACAAGAAGAUCACAGUGAUGAUUUAGUGGAUGAUUUUAUUGGCCAAAGGGAAAAAUACCCUAAGGGGCAUUAUGAUGACAGUGGCAACUAUGAUGAAGACUUGGAUUCAAGAUUUCUUGAGGAGUUAUGUGCAGCACGUGAAAUGGCUCCAGACGACUGGGCUGAAUACUAUGAUAUGUUAAAUAAUGAUUUGAAAGAAGAGUCAUCAUGCUGUGAAUCAGAUGUUUUGAAUCAGGGGGUAUCUACACCUUUGGAAAAUUCUGACAGUUUUGGUGGAGUAACAGAUAUCAAAGACAAGAAACAAAGAAAUAACUCAGGGAAAGAAAAGGCAAAUUCCAAGAAACCCGAAUCUAAAAUUAGCUGUGAUAUUUGUUCAAAAUGUGGGCAACUGAAGGAAGGCAGGCCUCAACCUUGUAAUGCCACAAAGAACAGAAUUCACUUUGUAAAUGGUACUUGCAUCUCAAGUACUAACUCAUCUAUGAAUAAUUGUACUUGUAACAGGAAAAAUGGACAGUCUGGAAAGACACCUCUUUCUGCAUCUCAACAAGAGUUUUAUCGAAACCUUCAGAAUUACUUUGGCAAUGGAAAGGCUAAGAGUGUAAAGACAGAUUCUAAAGCAAGGAAAGAAAGUUCCCGAGGUGGCAUGGAUGCUAAUUGUGGGACAAGCUCUGAUUCAUCAUUUUCAAGCAAUGGACUAUCAAAGGUUAAAUCUACUCAGAAUGUUACAGAAAGCAACAAAUGUAAUGUAAAAGAUAGUAAACACUCUGUUGAUUUUUCUUCAAAAGAACAACUGACUGAUGAGGUUGGAGGUUUGGGGUCAUCAUUCAGCAAAGGUGGAAUGAUGAAAGACAAGAAGUCAUUUGGUGAGGGUAGAUUUCACCAGGAAAGUUUCAGUGGAGGUUCGAAGGUGGAUGACAAAGUUGAAAGUGACACCAAGUCCUCAAUUGACACUGAACAUGUUAAGAGUUUCAAGGAAAGAACUGAUUCUCAUAGGCGAUCACGGUUUAAGGCUGGUACGAAAUCUAAAGUCAGUCACAGGGUAAAGAGUGUAGAUGCCACUGAAACAAGAAGACCUUUGGAUACACAUGUCAGAGAGAGGUCACGAUUUAAACCCAAGACAGAGAGAACUGUUCGCACAGAGUUUAACUUGUCUAAGCUGACCUCUAGUCUUUAUUGCACAGAAUACCCACCCUCAAGCAGAUGAGGCUUUUAAGACACUUGCCAAUGCAUUUGACAUUCUUAGUGAUCCUGAGAAGCGUGCCAGUUAUGAUGUCGAAGCAGCUUGGAAGAUGAGGGCAGAAGAAAGGCAGGAACGUUACGGUCGGCAUACGAGUCCAGAACAGUUUUUCGCUGAUUUAGGAAAAAAGAUGCAAGAGAUGCAGAACUCCUUACCUUGUAACGUGUGUGACGGAAAACACCGCCGCUACAACACAGACCGGUUUAUUUUGACAGCUCGCUACUGUAGUCGCUGCAACACAAGACAUGCUGCUAAAGAGGGAGAUCUAUGGGCAGAGAGUAGCUUUCUUGGCUACAAAUUGCACUUUUACGCGUGUAUGGAGGGUGAAAUAUUUGAUGUCACGGAGUGGGCGGCUUGUCAGGGUAUCGGACGAGUGGAAGCCAACCCUCAUACUGUCCAUCUGAAACUCAAGACUCGUCAGACGCAGCAGAGCGGCUUCAAUUCCAGAUCAGAAGAGAGGGAUUUUGAGAAUUUCAUGCGCGCGUUCUUCGGGCAGUUUGGUCCUGAAGAAGACAGAUUUCAUGGACCAAAUAAGCAACGAAAGAAGAAGAGGAAGAAGAAACAUUAGUUAAAUUAUCAUGGGUAGAUAUUACAGAUUGUUUAUGAUAUUGAUGUACACAGUGGUGGAUAACCUAUGCCUGCAUACGAUUGAGGAAGGUUUGAAUGGGGCUUUGUCAAAGAACUUGGGUAAUUCUGUUUAGUUUUGAUUUCAGCAAUUUAUAAUUGUAUGUCGAAAAUGAUCAGGGAUUGCAUUAGUUUCGCUUCAAUGUGCUCUGUGACUGGUUUAAAAAAUUUACGCCACCUUCCCAGCCAAUCAGAUACAAGCUUUCACCAAUCACGACUUGGUCACACGCGUUUUCCCGCGCUUCGCUGAGUUUUAUUUUUACUCUUUUUGUGUCCCUAUUGGCGAACUGUGACGUUUUUCUUUGUUCUGAUUUGACAUUGUAAUCACCAUAGUCUUGAUUUCAUAACGCUCGAUCGAUAUGCGCUCAAAUCUGAUUUUAACGGAAAUUCUGUGACUAGCUCGACAUUGCUGAAAUUACCAAAGUAACAUUCGUUGACCUUGGCUCUUUAACCCUUUCGCUCCUAUCGGAGAUUGACGUGUGACUCCUCCCCACAAUAUCCUACAGUGAUCCGCAACAGUUAAUGAGAAAACUUAAACUUUGUUUAAUUAAUCCCGAUCAUUGCACGGGAUUUGAAGAGCAGCUUUAAAAAAACGGGAGAGAUAUCAUUGAUUAAUGGCAAGUUGUAAGAUUGUCAUCGAAAAACUCCAAGAAUUUUUUGUAACUGAUAAAUUAGAGAUUAUGAUAGUUGCUUAAAGUUAACAAAGCGAUACUAUUCGUUUUGAUUACAUUAUACAGUUUGAAGAUUUGGUGUAGUUACGUUUUCAAAGAGAUGUCUUAAGUUUAAAUUAAGGUGUCAAUAAACAUUUUUGUGAAUUAUUUUUC